CAGUAUGUGAGAAGUUGAACCAGGAAGCUGGGUUAGAGAGAACUGCACCAGCUCCCAGUCAACUUUUCUGGCAUCACAAUGCUGAGGAGACGGCCAUCCAACGCCUCUGAGAAGGAGCAGACGCAGAAGAAGAAGCUCACCCUGCAGAGGUCCAGCAGCUUCAAGGAUUUCAUGAAGCACAAGCCUACCUCACCUGUCAGCUCGGAAAACCACUUAUUCCCGGAGGAGAAUGUGGACGUACUGGCAGCAGAAGACGCAGUGAAAAGUGGCAGCAAACUGGGGAAGAAAUGGAGGAAUGUCAUCUCACGCACGAUGACGCGCAAGACGUCCAAGAUGGUGCAGAAGGCGCUGGCCGAGGAGGGGGGAGAGAGCAGCGAUGAUCUGUCACCCGUAUCUGACUGGCACAAAGAAUUGACUCUAGGUCAAAGGUCAUCUGUCUGCUCCUCAGGAUCGGAAGACACGGCGAGCCCCUUCAGUCGCCAACUCUCCAGCAGCAGUGACAGACAGAGUCUGGACAGCGGCUACAGUCAAAGGGACAGCGUCAGACUGGAGGACAGCACUUACAGCGGGCCCUUCUGCGGUCGCGCCCUGGUUCACACCGACUUCACUCCGAGCCCUUAUGAUGUGGAGUCACUCAAGCUGCAAAAGGGCGACAUCAUCCACAUCAUCGAGAAACCUCCAGUGGGAACUUGGACCGGAAAACUGAACAACAAAGUCGGCUCCUUCAAGUUCAUUUACGUCAAUCUGCUCCCAGAUAACACUCCUCCCACCAGGAGGAAGUGCUGCAGCAACAGACACUCUCGAUCCAAACCCAGGACCCUGGAUGAGGUGCUGGACAGCAUGGGCUUGGCGGAACUGGGCUCUUUGCUGUCCAUGCACGGCUUCCACAGUCUGGAGGACUUCAUCGGUCUCAGAGAGUCGCACCUGAACGAGCUGAACAUCACAGACCCAGAGCAGAGAGCCAAGAUCCUCCACGCCGCAGAUCUGCUCAGAGACUCUGAGGACGAGUCGGAUUCAGAAGUUCGGUCGGUGGAGGAGUCCAGUGAGCCCAGGGACUCCGGCUGCUUCGAGAGCUCCGAGAACCUGGAGUCAAAGUCGUCCGUGGGACUGGAGGAGCAGCUGCAGGACCUGACUGUGGACGAAGGAUCAUGAAGUUCGAGACGCUUGUGUGGAUGUGAGAGACUUUUCCUGGAGCAGAAAUUUGACCUUGAGAUUUCCCAGUUAUUAACCCAUCAUGUUGAAUUAUUGGCAUCAGUCCGAUGUGAUGCUGCCCAGAUGCGAUUGUAAAACAGUGACUUUAUUACUGUAAAUAGGAUUUGAAUAAAGUUUUGAAGAUGUCAUGCCCUUGGGCAAUGAUGUUGGGCCUUUAGAGAAAGAUGUCUUGCCUUAAUGCU